AUGAUCCAGGAGAAGCUGGGAGAGAUCCUGCCCAAGGAUAGAAUAAAUCCUCAAGCUGCUGUUGCCCUUGCCUGUAGCUCAGCUGCUGUGGUUUUAGUAUGGAAAUGGGUAGGACGCAGAAGAAUCCAGAAGAAGAUGGAAGAGGCCAGAAUGUGGCGAGAUAGCAGCCUGGAGCAAAUGGAAAAAGUGGUUUGGAAGUUUAAACAGAAGAACCCUGGAGUCCAGUCAGAAUUUAUCCUUUCUCUGCCACUGGUGGAGCUGGCAGAGAAAAUGAGAGAGGAAUCUCUUUCUCCAGAGAGUGUCCUGUAUACCUACAUUAAGAAGGCUCUGGAAGUGACUCGUGAGGUGAACUGUGUGACCGAUUUUAUUCAUGGGUGCGAGAAACAACUCCAGGAACUGAAGAAGCAAAAGGAGAAAGGUUUGCUGUACGGAGUUCCUGUCAGCAUUAAGGACCACAUUGGAUGCAAGGGCCACAUCUCCACAGGCGGCUUGGUGCAGUUUCUCGAUAAAGUGGAAGAAGAUGACAGUGUGAUAGUGAAAGUUCUGAAGAAACAGGGAGCAAUCCCAUUUGUGAAAACCAACAUUCCCCAGAGCAUGAUCAACUAUGACUGCAGCAACUUAAUCUUUGGUCAGACAGUGAACCCCCUGAACCACACAAAAAGUCCUGGUGGGUCCUCUGGAGGGGAAGGGGCUCUUAUUGCAGGAGGAGGUUCCAUCCUGGGCUUUGGGACGGAUGUUGCUGGGAGCAUCCGCCUGCCAUCUAGUUUCUGUGGGCUUUGUGGUCUCAAACCAACAGGCUCUCGUCUGAGCACCUCUGGUCUUGCUGGCCCUAUAGCAGGCAUGAAGUCGGUUACGGCAACAAUUGGCCCCAUGGCAAGAAAUGUGGACAGCCUGGCUUUGUGCAUGAAAGCUCUCCUAUGUGAUGAGUUGUUCCACUUGGAUCCCACCGUGCCUCCCAUGCCGUUCAAUGAGGAGAUUUACACCAGUACAAAGCCUCUCAGGAUUGGAUACUAUGAAGAUGAUGGAUAUUUCCAGCCAUCUCCCAGCAUGAGGAGAGCUGUUCAAGAAACAAAACAUCUUUUGCAGUCAGCAGGGCACAUGCUCAUCCCCUUUCUUCCUCCACGCCUUAACUAUGUAGUAGACGAGCUCUUCACCAGAGGCCUCUUUGCUGAUGGAGCUGCAACUUUGCUUGACAAGUUCAAAGGAGAUAUUGUUGAUCCAGUUUUGAAAUCCCAGAUUAAUUGUUACAGUAUUCCAACUCUGCUGAAGAGAAUUUUGGCAUUCAUCCUAAAACCAGUGUACCCCCGGAUUGCCAGAGAUCUCAAUGCAUUAUGUGGAGUUGGGUCAGCAAAAAACCUGUGGAAGCAUCAUGUGGCUGUGGUGACUUACCGUCAAGAAUUCCUUGAUGAAUGGAGGAAGCUGAAGCUGGAUGUCAUCCUUUGUCCUGCAUUGGGCCCAGCUUUUAAUGAAGGAUACCCCGGGAAAUUGUUUGCUGCUACGUCCUACACCAAUUUAUAUAAUGUCCUGAACUUUCCUGCUGGGAUUGUACCAGUCACCACUGUUACACAGGCUGAUGAAGAAGAGCUGAAACACUACAGAGGGCAUUAUGGUGACCCUUGGGAUAAGCGCCUGAAAGAGGCUGUUGAAGGUGCUGUUGGGCUCCCAGUGGCCGUCCAGUGUGUGGCUUUGUCUUGGCAAGAGGAGCUUUGCCUUCGGUUCAUGAAGGAGGUGGAGACUGCCAUCCACCAGAAGAGAACAAAAGUAUAAUCUGUUGUGCCUGAUCAUACCAACCACACAAUAUAUAAUGUGGCACAGUAAGGGGUUAGAGCAUUAUGUACUACUUCAUUUCUAAAAUAUUGUAAAUUGCAGCUUAGGGGACAGUUGUUGCUAAACCUAACUCUGUAGAAUCCAAGGAAUCCAGCAUUGUGGUAUGCAAGGACAAGGCAGUGGAGUGGAAUUGGGAAUAUUAAUAAUUUAAUGAAAUAGAUAUGAUGUACAGAGAGGCAAGUGCAAACUGCUUUGAAGUGCUCCUGCUGCUGGCUGUUUUUCGCCUCUACUCCAGGACUCAAAUACCAGUAACUAAAGCCCCAUUCAAAAGCUGACCUGAAUGGAUUAACCAAUAACACCACAAACUCCACACAGAAAACUAGAUAUCACAGAACUGUUGCAGCCUAGCAUUUCCCCUGACAUGCUAGUUCUCUAUAUGCAGGGAAUUGGAGGUAGGUGUGUGUGUGUGUGUGUGUGUGUGUGUGUGUGUGUGUGUGUGUGUGUGUAGGAGCAUUUAGUCAUGGGAACCCCCACCUGCAGUCUGAAGUGGUAUAGUCCAGCUGCAAAUUCACCACUCCGUCUACUGUCUGAGAUGUAGGCCUACAGUUCUUGCUAAUGAAAUCAGCAGUCCUGAGUGAGAGAGAGCAAAAUAUACUAGAAAGCUGCCCACGUGGCAUGAACAGCAUAGAAAAUGUGCGGCCAAGCUGCUGCAUGGGGUCCCUCAAGUGGUAGGGCAUUUGGAGUUUGUAGAACUCUUGGACUGGAAGCAAAAGAUAACAUGGGUAUGGCAUAGAAUCACACCUACAGUUUUUCCUUUCCCUUCUAGCAUUGUACUUCUGACUCUCCCCACUUGCAGCUCAGUAGACUAUAGGAAGGCACAGUAGGAUGCACAUAGUGCCACUUACGUUGCAUACAGUCUGUAGUGUGCACUGGAGUGGCUUAACAGUCCUGUGCACUAGCAUGGUUGGACUCUCCUGAUAACUUCUAUAUACUGGAUGAUGGGGAGCAAAUAAAUAUAAGCAGGAUAUUGGCAGUUUUUGUCAGAGGCGUUCGAAUCAUGCAGUUUUGCAGACGUCCACAGAAAUAAGAGCGUGUUUAUAGAAGCUGCUGUGACACACUUUUUAAACUGAACUUCAUCUUGGGCAGAAUUUGUAGCUUUUUGUAUUUCAUGGCUAUGUAAACUUGUUUCUCUUGUCAAAAUGCCACAAAAUAAAACCAUCAUUUGUA